AUGUCUGUCGCCCUCCGACCCGUUCUGCGACCGAACUCACUUCCCAGCUUGCCUUCCUCUACCAACACUUCCACAACAUAUAUCUGUCAAGCAUGUCGGCAUGCGCGUCUCAUCAAGCGGCCCAAGCGGCCUUACACAUUCACUCAACUGGUCACUUUAUCCGACGGUAGCGCUUUCACCAUGCGAACCACCUCUCCUAUACCGGUCUACAGAUCAACGAGAGACACCAGAAAUUCUGCGCUAUGGAACCCAACAUCCAGGGAAUUACUGAAUGUGGAAGACGACGAGUCAGGGAGGCUGGCAAGCUUCCGGGCACGAUUCGGCACCAGUUUCGACAGUCAGAAGAGCAUCAAGAAGACCGAUCAAGCUGCUCCUUCCCCUGCGCCUGCGGAUAUUGCGAUCCCAGAAGCAGGAGCGCAAGCUACAUCGGUCAGAGAACCCGCGAGAGAAUAUAUGUUCGAGGAGGAGCAGAACCUGUUUGAAGAGGAUGACGCAAACAUGUUGGACUUUAUCAGCUCAUUUGGCCAACAGAACAGCCAGCAGAAUCAACCGCCAACGUCGAAGAAGGGUGGGAAGAAGUAA